CCCGCGCCAGGCAGGCGGAGCCGAGGGUGGAGAGAGCAGCGAGCUGACCGCCCCGAGGUGGGAGGACAGCAGGCGCCGGCAACGCCCCGCGGGGGCGAGGAGAGUGGAGCGCCCGGGUCGCCCGCAGAAACCAGACGGGGGCGGGGAGCCCCUGCCCCGGGUCCCUCCAGAGUAACGGGGGUAAACACAGGCGAUCGGAGCGUCUGCCGCUGGACGCGGCCCACCGCACUGCCAUCGCCAAGCCCCUCCUUCCGCGACACUCCGGGGCCGCCCCUGGAAGUGGCGGGGCGGAGGGACCGGAGGAGGGACGGGAGGAGCGACGCGCCGCGCGGCGAUGGAGCCGGCCGGCCCGGGCGCUGAGGCCGGCGCGGAGGGCGCGGCGGGAGACCCGUACCGGCGGCCGGCGCGGCGCACGCAGUGGCUGCUGAGCGCCCUGGCGCAUCACUACGGACUGGACCGCGGCGUGGAGAACGAGAUCGUGGUGCUGGCCACCGGCCUGGACCAGUACCUGCAGGAGGUCUUCCACCACCUGGACUGCCGCGGCGCCGGCCGCCUGCCCCGCGCAGACUUCCGCGCGCUCUGCGCUGUGCUGGGGCUGCGCGCCGAGGGCGCCGCCUCCGGGGAGGCCCCCCGGGAUGCGACCCCUGGGGACGCGAACUCCGGGGAUGUGGCCUCCGGGGAAGGGGCCGCUGGAGUGGCCACCGACGGGGACGCGGAUGCCGAGGAGGAGGCGCGUCUGGCACUGCGCGCGGAGCCUCCGGAGCUCACCUUCCGCCAGUUCCAUGCGCGCCUCUGCGGCUACUUCGGCACCCGCGCCGGACCCCGGCUGCCCCGCGGGGCCCUCAGCGAACACAUCGAGACGCAGAUCCGCCUGCGCCGUCCGCGCCGCCGCCGCCGCCACCCGCCCCGGGCGCCGGGUCCCGAGGGCGGCCCCGGGGGCGCCGAGGGCGAGCGCGUGGCGCGGCUGGAGGAGGAGAACAGCAGCCUGCGCGAGCUGGUGGAGGACCUGCGCGCCGCGCUGCAGAGCAGUGACGCCCGCUGCCUCGCGUUGCAGGUGCGCGCCGGCGGCCGAUGGCAAAGGUGGCGAGGUAUCGUGGGCGGCAUCCGAACGGCAGGCGAGGUCGGACUCUGGAAGAGCCAGGCUGGCGCGCACGAAGCGGGAUGCGGCAGACCGGAGGCGGUGGCGCGGGAGCUGCGACAGGCGCAGGGAGCGCUGGCGGCGGCGGAGGCCCGCGCCGGGAGGUUGCAGCAGGGCCAGGCAGAGGUGCGACGACGUGCGGAGGAGGCCCGGCAGGCCGUGCUGCGCAGCCUGCGCCGAGUGCGCGAACUGGAGGCGCUGGCGCAGCAGGUACCCGGCUUGCAGCGCUGGGUGGGGCGGCUGGAGGCGGAGCUACAGCGCUACAGGUCGCAGGAGCCCCAGCGCCCAGCCCCCACACAGCUCCGCCCAGAGCCCGGAGACCCGCGGGACCGACCUGAGGAGGGCGGGGCCGGAGACACAGCCACCACUGCAGAGCGACGCUGGCGGUCAGACAGCAGCUUGGGAAGCAGAGCCCUGGACGGAGGGGACGAACAGCUGUUCCGCUCCGUGGAGGGCCAGGCGGCCUCUGAUGAAGAGGAGGAAGAAGAGAAGUGGCGGAAGCAGCAGAGGCCACCAGCGGCCCAGGCCGAGGUGCUGCUGGCAUGUCCCUCCGGCUGUCAGAGCGGCAGGGGUGAUGACCAGACAGCAAAGAAGCUCAAAACUUCCUGCGGCCACGUGGGUGGCGUGGAUCACGCACGCAGCCUGGGGCAGCUGGAGGCCCAGGGCUUCAGUGGGAAGACCCUGGUGACACCUAUGCAGGAGGCAGAGCGGCAGAAGGGAGCUGAGAUUGAGCACCUGAGGCUGGAGCUGCAGAUGGUGGAGACGGAGCGGGUGCGGUUGUCCCUGCUGGAAGAGAAGCUGGUGGACGUGCUACAGCUGCUGCAGAGGCUCCUGGACCUGAACAUAUCGAAAAGAGCCCUGGGGAAGAUUCUGCUCAGCACACUGGACGCUUGGAGGAACCCAGCACAGGAAGGAAGCCCCGGGCCCUCGGCCAUCCUGGACGCCCUGCACCAAGCCCUGGCUGGCUGUGAGCUCCUGCAGAGGCAGCCUCCAGGACAGGCCUCCUCAAACCCUGCUCCCGCCAACCCCCUUCUCAUCUCCUGCUGAGGUCGCUGGCACAGCCGGUGGGCACCGCCCAUGAGCCCGA